AAAUAUUAAGACCGGUCAGGCUACGCCCGAGUGCUAGCCGUGGCUAACUUAGCUUAGCAGCGCCGCCAUUACUAAAAAGCCUGAGAGGAUCAAAACAGCCGAUAUCACUUCUCCAGCUUGGUUUGACACCUUUGGUUUGACUGCUGGGUUCAUACUGAUUCCUGUUAUACCGGAUGUGAUGCAUUCACUGGCUCAGGAAAUCCAAGGUUUCUCCAAAAACCGCUUGAAGAAGCAGAACACACGUGUAACCACGGUGACGGGCAGGAGGUUGCUGGAGAACAGGAGCGAUGGAGGAGAUGCAGUGGUGGAGGAGGUGGAGCAGGGAGGCGCAUGUGGCUUCAUUGAAGACACAAGUCUGGACCUUCAUGUUGGUGUUGUGAGACCCUUCCUACUGCUGGCCUCUCAGGAUGUGGCCCAUGACAUCGACACUCUGCAGAGGUUUAAGGUUAGUGCAGAGGAAUCGAUAGAGUGCAUGGUCUUGCUUCGUCUCAACAGCCUGCAGUGUAUUUGA